UUCCCCAGCCUGGAGCUGCUGGGAGUUGUGACCCAGGGGCAGGAGCCCCAGCACCUGGCCUUGUUGAACCUCAAAGUUAUGAAACAGGACUGGCCCUGACAGUGGGCCCUGGGUACAACACCGGUGACCUGCUGCCAGCUGGAUUAAUUCCACCACCGCUCUCUGGGCCUGGCCAUCUGGGCAGUGUUUUUCCAGCAAAUGGGGAACCUGUUAAAUCCAUGGGCUGCAAGGACAAUGCUCUCCAGGAGAACGCUGUGGGAGCAGCAAUCAAAGGCUUUACUGAAGGUCCACGUACACAACAUCCACAGCCUUUCCCCAUCCAUUAGGUGUUCACAGAAGGAGGUUGGGUCAGUCAAGCAGGACCUGCUUAAACCCAUGCUGGCUGGGCCUGAUGCCCCAGUGGUACAGCACACAUUGUGUGACUGCACUCCAAGUAAUCUGUUCCAUACCCUUCCCUGGCACCGAGGCCAGGCUGCCAGGCCUGUGGUUCCCCCACUUGUCCUUCCAAGCCUUCUCGCAGAUGGGUGUCACAUUGGCCAGCCUCCCGUCACCCAGGAGCUCUCCAGUUAACCAGUCCUGGUUAAACGCUGCUAAAUGAUGGAGAGAGGAGCUUUGCGAGCUGCUUCACCACCUCCCAACCAUAGCCUUAGGAGGAAGGAUGACAUCUCCCUAGACUUGUGCAUGUCUGAGCAGUACAGCAUGCUCACUAACAAGUCACUAACAGCUUCUUCCUGCAGUGUGGGGACUUUGUUCUGCUCCCUGUUUCUUCUGUCUUCCAGUUCAGAGGGCUGGACAUGCCAAGAGUAACUAACUGGGCUUUCGGUUAAAGGCUGAGGUAAAGAAGGCAUUGAGUACCUGAGCCUUUUCCUCAUCCCUGGAGGUCAUGUUCCCGCCCCAGCAUGAAAUAAAGGAUGGAGAAUCUCCUUGGCCUCUUGUUGGCUAUUUUUGUUAUUAAUGCAUUUGGAAAAGCAUUUUUUCUUAACUUUCUUGCUGGUGACCAUAUUUACUAGCUGGACUCUUACCUUUCUCGUUUUCUCUCUGAUUAACUUCAUGACAUCCUUGUAGUCUUGCUGAGUUGGCUGACCCUUCUUCCAGAACUCUCUGUUCUUCCCUGAGUCCCAGCGGAAGAAGCCUGCUGUUCAUCCAGGCCAGCCUACCCUGAACCGGCUUACAGCACAUUGGAAUGGGCUCCUGCUCCACCUGUAUGACCUCCUUCUGGAGGCAUAUCCAGCCUUCCUGGGCUCCUUGGCCACUCAGGACUGCCUCCCAAGGGAUUCUCUCAACCAGUGGUCAGAACAGACCAAAGCCUGUCCUCCACAAGUCAAAGGCAGUGGUUUUGCUGCCCCCCUCCCUCCCUUCAUUGAGAACUGAAAUGGAAUUAUGUCACAGUCACUGUAUCCGAGGUGGCCUUUGGCAACCCCAUCUCCCACCAGUGCUCCUCUGUUUGCAAACAGCAGAUGCCCUGGGGAGGGCUUGCCUACCAGCUGUGUUAGGAAGUUUUCUUCCACAUGCUCCAGGAACCUCCUGGAGUUCUGGUCUCCUGUCUGUUGGGUGGGAUUCCAGCAGACACCUGGUAAGCUGAAGAUGUCACUGAGGAUGUUGGCAGUGAUAGAUGUGGGUACAUCUAUCUACCCCUAAUGCAAAUCUCUGCCCAGCACUGGUGAGACACAGCUGGAGGGCUGAUUCUGGAAUUCCAGGAUGAGGGAGGCGUAUCCGUACUGGAGCAAGUCCGGCAAAGGGUCACUAAGAAGGAGGAAGUGCCAGAACAUAGAGUAGUAGGCGCUCUUACAGACACCAACCUCUUAAAACUCUUCUCCAGCUGAGCAGUGAAUUCUGUGGGGUCUUGAAAGCAGGGACAGAUCAUGAUGGCUGUCUCAGGAGAGCAAGCUAUGGCUGGAGAGAAAAUGCUCAGGAUGCCCAGCUGCCUCCUAAAGCCCACCAGGGUCAUGCUGAGCCACAAGCCCUGGGCACUGUUUAUCCUCAUCUUUGUGUUUGUGUCCUUUGCCUACCACAAGUUGUACUGGGGCAUCUGGGAGGACCCAAAGAGCAGAGGCCCCCUCUACGGCUCGUCUGCUGAAAUCAGCUGUGCUCACUAUGUGCCUUCUUCCCUCAACAUUGCUGGUGGGCCCUCUCCUUCUACAGGAAGUGUGUUUUUUGUGGAGACCUCAGAGCAAACUACCCCAAGUUACCUGUUCUCAUGCUCUGUGGAGUCAGCAGCCAGGGCACACCCCGCAUCAAGAGUCGUGGUGCUCAUGAAAGGCUUGGCCAAAGAGAAUGCCUCCUUACCCAGGCACUGGGCUUUCUCCUUGCUGAGCUGCUUCCCCAAUGUGGAAAUCCAGCCCCUGGACUUGACAGACCUCUUUUCUGGAACACCUCUGGCACAAUGGUACUUGCAGCCUCAGAGGCAGCAGGAGCCUCAUUUUUUACAUGUCCUCUCUGAUGCCUGCAGGAUUGUCCUCAUGUGGAAAUUUGGUGGCAUCUACCUGGAUACAGAUUUCAUUGUGCUUAAGAACUUACAGAACCUCACCGAUGCACUCGGGAUUCAGGAUGAUGUUGAACUGAAUGGGGCCUUUCUGUCCUUUAAGCCCAAACACAAGUUCAUGGAGCUUUGCGUGCAGGACUUUGUGCAGAAUUACAAUGGCUGGGUCUGGGGCCACCAGGGCCCAGAGCUCCUAACUCGUGUCUUCAAGAAAUGGUGCUCCAUCCAGACUAUCAAGAGCAUGAGCUGCAAAGGUGUGAGUGCUCUUGCCCCAGAAGUUGUUUAUCCCAUUCCCUGGCAGGACUGGAAGAAAUUGUUUGAGCCAGUCAGUGCCUUGGAGCUUCGCAAACUCCUGAAGAACACCUAUGCAGUGCACGUAUGGAACAAACUGAGCCAUGGGACCAAGUUAGAGAUCCCCUCCCAGGCUCUGCUGGCUCAGCUCUAUUCCCAGUUCUGCCCUGCCACCUACACAAAGAUGAAACAGGACUCUGAAGAGUUGUCAAGGGGUGCAGUGUGACCUGAGGGCCCUUGGCUGCAGAGAUGUUCCCCAGACCGAAGGAAACCGAGUGCCUUUGACAUUCUCCAGAGUUGGUUUCUAGACCCCAGAGCAGGUGUUCUGCGUGACAGCUCUGUGGUUUUGUACCAUUUCUGUUCUCUGCCUCCGAUCCUUUGAGUUCCAAAUUUACAGCAGAACCUGAGUUCAGCCUCUCUUGCUGUCCUUCAGGAGACCUCUUGCUGCAAGGGAGGUUGAACUUGUUCUUCAGCAUCCCUCAGCUGGUCCUCUCUUGGUUUUCUCCAACAGCUCCUCCUGUGGAUCUCGGCCUGAGCAGCCCCUUGUGAUGUUUCAGCAGCUGAAUUGCCUGUUCCUGUGCCCUCAAGAGCUGAUGCUUAAAAAGUAACCAGCACUGAUGGACCCCAGGACCUUCAAAAGCAUUUUCCCAGGGGACUUCACUUACUGGUUCCCUAAGCGGCCUGAAGUCUGCUCUUUUCAUGUCCAGGGUUGCACCAGAGAUUUUAAACUCGAUGGCUUCAUGGUCACAGUGGCAAGACAACCACCAAUCUCCACUCAAGAGGAUCACAAGAUCCUCUCCGUUGACAAGCAACAAAUCCAGGAGGGCAUCUUUCUGAGUCGGCCCUCUUAGUACCUGUAUCAUGAAUUUGUCAUCCAGGUGUUUCAGGAAUACAUAGGGAAUAUAUGAAAAUUGUAUUAAGUAACAGAAAAUAUUGUAAGGCCCACUGUGGAUCUAAUGACCAUCUCCCCACCUAAAUGUGUUCCCUGUGUGUCCAGGUCAUUGUAUUGU